GAGAUCUAGGUUGCACAGGCAUUAGAUCUUGAUAAUUAGAAAUUGACGAUUACUUGUUUGGAGACGCUUUAGGGCCGAAGUAACUCUAACGGUCUCCUUGGAUAAGUCUGGGUCAAGGGCAAAAUGGAGAUAGUUUAUGAUUCAACCCUUGUGGGAUUUAAAUCUCCAACCUUUUGGUUACUAACACAGAUAGUUAACUACUAGGUUUCAGCAUCUCCAGUUAUAGCGGAGCAGCGCGCAACGGGACACCGGCGUCUCCUUUUACGCACGUCGUUCGCGCGCAUCUCAACGCGUUGGACUGCUGUUAUUCUCGACGAAUCUUGCAAUGGGACACCUGGGCAACACGUCGCACCCGGUCAACUCCACUGACCCGUUCGGACGCGACGAAGAAGUCGCGAAAAUCGAGAUCGCGGUCCUCAGCGUCACCUUCGCGGUCGCCGUGAUCGGGAACUGCAGCGUCCUGGUGGCCGUUCACAACACCAAGAAGAAAACCUCCCGCAUGCAUCUGUUCAUCAAACACCUGAGCCUGGCUGACCUAGUGGUCGCGUUUUUCCAAGUCCUUCCACAGCUGUGCUGGAAAAUAACCUUCCGUUUCUACGGACCGGACUUUCUGUGCAGGAUCGUCAAGCACCUGCAGGUGAUGGGCAUGUUCGCGUCCACUUACAUGAUGGUUAUGAUGACUCUAGAUCGCUAUAUCGCCAUCUGCCACCCUCUCAAGACCCUCCAGCAGUCCACCCGGAGGUCCCACAUCAUGAUCGCAGGCACGUGGGUCAGCAGUUUGCUCCUCAGCACCCCUCAGUACUUCAUCUUCUCCCUCAGUGAGAUCCAGAACGGCUCUGAGGUGUACGACUGCUGGGGUCACUUCAUCCAGCCCUGGGGACUCCGCGCCUACAUCACCUGGAUCACAGCGGGGAUUUUCCUCAUCCCGGUGAUCAUAUUAUGGAUGACCUGCUACGGAUUCAUAUGCCACAGCAUCAGGAUGAACAUCAGAUAUAAGACCAAGAAGACGCCUGCGGAUGGCGCGCACAAGAACGGGCUGAUCGGGAAGAGCUCUGUGAGCAGCGUCACCACGAUCUCCAGAGCGAAGUUACGCACAGUCAAGAUGACUUUCGUCAUUGUUCUCGCGUAUAUCAUCUGCUGGGCGCCGUUUUUCACCGUGCAGAUGUGGUCGGUGUGGGACAAGAACUUCAGCUGGGAUGGUGAGUGAAAAUGAGGGAAAGAUUCACGUGCAUGCCAUGAAAUUAUGAUUCAGGUAUUAAAUGUGCACAUAGUAACACUUUUGAA